UUGCCUAUUUAACACACGUUGGGUCGCCCGCAUAUGCUCAGCUCAAGCCAAGCUACGCUGGUGCACGCCCCUUGCAUCCAUCCAUCCAUCCACGGGAACCAUGGAGGAGAAGCCGGCCAUUGGCUUGGGGAGCCUGGUGAGCAGCCUGCGAGUGGUGUACAAGAGCGGCAGGACCAAGGACCUCUCAUGGAGGCGGUCGCAGCUCAAGGGGCUCAUCAGGCUCCUGACGGAGAAGGAGGAGGAGAUCUUCGACGCGCUCCACGACGACCUCGGCAAGCACCGGACUGAAUCCUUCAGGGACGAGGUCGGGGUUCUCGUCAAGUCCAUCAAGCACACGCUGCAAAACCUCGAGAAAUGGGCGGCCCCUGAGAAGGCUCCUACGCCGCUGGUUUCCUUUCCGGCGACGGCGCUGGUGCUGCCGGAGCCGCUCGGGGUCGUGCUCAUUUUCUCCUGCUGGAAUCUUCCAAUAGACCAAUGCUCACCGCUAGCAUCUAAAAAACGAAUCUCGCCACUAGUACCAGCGUAGCAUCGAAAGAGGAAAGAAGUUUUUUUUUCGAAACGGGAAAGAGGAAAGAAGUUCAAGAAGACGAUUACGAGGUGUUGUUGGCUCGCUGUACGCUCACAUGGUUUACUGCCAAAGGACCUCACAUGCUCGUACGACCAAAGAACAGCGGUGCUGUACGAGGUCUGAGUUCAAACAACCUUUCUGAUGGCAACAAGCUGGGUGCAGUCUUGCGAUUGUGACAAGUGCCUUCUAUUUUCACUAUACAUGUUGGUUGGCUGGUCACUUUUAUGACAGGUUGAUAAUUUGAUAUGCGUAAGGCUGUUCCCUUUUU